AAUUAAGGUACCUUCUUCUAACAUUUGUGCUCAACGUCAUCACUAUUUUGGUAACUGUAAUCAUCAUUAAUGUUUAUUUUCGUGGGCCAACCACUCAUCGUAUGCCAGCAUGGGUACGAAAACUAUUUCUCCAGUGGAUGCCUUUUGUGAUGUGUAUGCAACGGCCAAAGUCAGCUUCACGAAAACUGUUGGCCAGUCAGAAGAGAGGAGUGGCGCAGCUUCCCGGCUUAGGACAAUUUACCUUUAAUCCAGCCACACAUCAUCCAUUCUGUCCUAGUGCCGAUGACAGGACAGCUUCUGUAAAAGUGCUGAACAGCCCGCCUGAAAUUGUCAGGGAUCCUGUGACGGCGGCAUUUUAUCCACUCUCUCCAGAUGCCCUGAGGGCAAUUGAUGCUAUUGAAUAUAUAACAGACCACCUAAAACAGGAUGAAGAGUUCAAAAUGUACCGUGAUGACUGGAAAUAUGUGGCAAUGAUUAUUGAUCGAUUAUUGCUUUACGUCUUUUUCGGCAUCACUGUUGGUGGCACAUGCGGCAUACUUUUUAGUGCUCCACACAUAUUCCAAGGAGUGGAUCAAAGAGAGGUGCUGCGAAGGCUUAUCGAAUUGUACAAGAGCGGCGGUAGCGGUGGUAGCUGAGU